CUUUUUUUUACUUCUUGUUUCCGUUCCUGUUUCCCCAUUCCACACCUUCCACUCGUUCAUCCCAUCCCUUUCUUUCAACUCGACUUUGAUCGCUCCCAUCCAUUCGCUCGCACAGCACAGCCCUCUUCAUUCAUCCGAAUAUACUUUAGCCCCAUCCUUUCUUUCCGCCUCUAAUACCCUUCUCACUCCCUCUACAUCACACUCAUCAUCAACUGCACACAAUGGCCAGCGAAGUCCCACUCCCAAUGUCCCCUCCCACAUCCAAGCCAUUUAUGAACGGUGCUCUUCGCAAGAAGCUCCAGGGAUAUGUCGGUUUCGCCAACCUCCCCAACCAGGUCCAUCGCAAGUCCGUGAAGAAGGGCUUCAACUUUACUAUUAUGGUUGUUGGUGAGUCCGGCUUGGGCAAGUCGACUCUGGUCAACACCCUGUUCAAUGCUCCUUUGUACCCUCCCAAGGAACACGUUCCUCUUUCGGAGGAGAGCCCCAAGACCGUCGCCAUCCAGGUCUUGAGCACUGACAUUGAGGAGAACGGUGUCCGCCUGAAGCUGAAUGUCGUUGAUACCCCUGGCUUUGGCGACUUUAUUAACAACGAAGAGAGCUGGAAGCCCAUUUUGGAGACAAUCGAGAGCAGAUUCGACGCAUAUCUGGAACAGGAAAACAGGGUCAACCGCAGCAAGAUCACUGACACGCGUGUCAAUGCAUGCUUGUACUUCAUCGCCCCAACCGGCCACUCGCUCAAGGCUCUUGACAUUGAGUUCAUGAAGCGCCUCCACAAGAAGGUCAACCUCAUCCCUGUCAUUGCCAAGAGCGAUACCAUGACAAAUGAGGAGAUCACUGCCUUCAAGGAGAGGAUCCUCCUGGAUAUUGCCCACCACAACAUCAAGAUCUACCACGCCCAGCAUUACGAUUCCGAUGAUAUUGAGACCAUCAACGAGACCAAGGAUGUUAUGAGCAAGAUUCCGUUUGCCAUUGUUGGCUCUGACAAGCUGGUCGAGACCUCCGAUGGUCGUCAAGUCCGCGGCAGAAAGUACCCAUGGGGUGUCAUUGAGGUCGACAAUGAGGAUCACUGUGACUUUGUGAAGUUGCGCCAGAUGUUGGUCCGCACCCAUAUGGAGGAGCUCAAGGAGUUCACGAACGACAUCCACUACGAGAACUACCGCACAGAGAAGCUCCUGGGAAUGGGUUACCAGCAGGACAACACUGUGUUCAGAGAGGUCGACCCGUUGGCCAAGUUGGAGGAGGAGCGUGCGCUGCAUGAGGCCAAGCUGGUGAAGAUGGAGCAGGACAUGAAGCAUGUCUUCCAGCAGAAGGUCCAGGAGAAGGAGGCCAAAUUGACACAAUCCGAGGCUGAGUUGUAUGCGAAGCACAAGGAGAUGAAGGACGCGCUCGAGAAGCAACGUCUGGAUCUCGAGGAUAAGAAGAGGAGGAUCGAGCAGGGCCGUCCCCUCACCCCAGAGAAGACCAAGAAGAAGGGAUUCGGCUUUGCUGGAAAGUAAAAUCGUGUCCUGAAAGCGCCGCAUACUGAGGGAGGCUAAUGGGAUACCGUCUCUUUUUUUUUUUUUU